ACAUAUAUGAGGAACUUCACUGAGGGUACAAACACAAAACAGCAACAAUGGACCUUCUCUUUGUCUUGUCCUUCUUCACUGCCAUUCUUUUCCUCAGCAUGUACACAGGUUACUGUGCAGAUAUCAUUGGAGGGGAACAUUCAGCUCGGCACGCAAGACCUUUUAUGGCUGCCUUAAUGAGAGGAAAGCGUUUCAUGUGUGGAGGAACUUUGAUCAAAAGAAACUGGGUCCUGACAGCAGGUCAUUGCCAUGUAGGCAAGGGAGAUGAAGUUGUCCUUGGUGUUCAUUCACUGUCGAAACCUGAGAGAGAAAAACAAAACUUUCAGAUUACUAACGCGUAUGUUCAUCCAAAAUAUGAUAAGAUAACCAAGGAAAAUGACAUUAUGAUUUUGCAGCUUAAUAGAAAAGCAGAUCUUAAUCGAUACGUUCAAACCAUUCAGCUUCCAAAAACUUAUGAAGAUGUCAGAGCAGGCACACAGUGUCUGGUGACUGGAUGGGGAAUUACUGAAAACGAGGGGCAGGUAUCUGAUACACUGAGUGAAGUUAACGUUGCUGUUAUCGACAGACACAUCUGCAAUGACAGAAAUCACUAUGACUCCCAACCUGUCGUGACAAAGAGCAUGGUGUGUGCUGGUGGUGUCAACAACCAAAGGAACGAUACCUGUAAUGGUGACUCCGGUGGUCCUUUGAUAUGUGGAGGAAUACAAAGAGGCAUCACUUCCUUUGGUCGAGAGGGAAGAUGUGGUGAUCCCCAGUUCCCCGGUGUCUAUGCUCGUCUCACAAAGAACAAUAUUGAAUGGAUUAAGAAAAUUGUAUUCUGGUGACUUCAGUAGGUUAUUGGAUUGGUGCUCUCUAUGUCCAUAAUGCUUCUGUGUGUGUGUGUGUAUACAUACAUACAUUAAUGUACCACUUUUUAAAAUUUUGUUCAGUAAUUUACGCUUAUCUCAUUAACCACUAUUUCAGAUGUCGCAACUGCAUUCUAUGUUUAUUGAUGCACAAGGAAAUAUGUGUGUGAGAGAGUGUUUCAUUAAAAUCUAGAAUCCUUG